AUGUCCUCGUCCUCGUUUGCGUUUGUGCCAGCCGACCCCUCUGGCCGGGUCCGGUCUCCUGAUCGAACGGUCAUUCGCCGCCACUGCAUGAAGGGAAAGAACAAGAAGGCGGGAUCACGACGGUCGAUGCGCGAGCAUGCUCGGGCUGCCAAAGCCAGGAAUUUAUCACAGCAACAAUCUCAAAGCCCACAAUCUCAAGACCACGCGAACUCGCAAACUGAACUGCUUGCACACCGCUCCUCCGACCUUAUUCCCCGGCCGCCGCCCUCGGACUGGGCGCUGUGUCGCCUUGCGGGAGAGCUGAGCGAACAUUCCCAGAAACUGAUGCACCAUCACUUCGUCCCUAACCCGAUCAGAGAUGCGAUAUGUCCGUUUGGGCAUUCGGGGAUGUCGAAUUCCCUGUCCGGCAGCGCGCUAGACUUUUUCAAGAUGCUCUGCGUCGAUGUCACCUCUUUCCGCGCGACGGUGCUUCUCGUGUCUGCCUCUGAUGACCUGAUCGCUGGUCGGCCGCUGUCGACGAUCACGCAGCGACACCUGAGAGUUGCCAUAGCGUCCCUGAAAAAAGCACUUCUCCACGAAGACUACCUAGAUCUCGACGUGAUUAUCUACACCGUCGGGGUUCUCAUCGGAGUCGCCCUCCUGUUUGGGGACCGCGCAGCCGCCACGACGCACGCGACUGGUAGUUCGCAGCUAAUACGUGUCCGCGGAGGAAUGCGUGCCUUCGCCUACAACCGUUUUGUUCAGCUAUCUCUCGAGCGGAUGAACUUUUUCGGCGCCCUCACUCUUGAGCAUUGGAUCCCGCACUACGACGGCUCCUUCUGGGAAGAACCUCUGGCUCUACUGGAUUCCUUGGAGGUCCCAGACGUUCUAAGGACCAUGUACAGCCUAGACGGGAUUGUUGACGACGACCUGGCGCGCGUGUAUCGCAAUCUGCAGUACACCUCGGUGCUCUUCGACAUGCACUACCGCGGCAAGACCCCAGUCAGCUUGGCGCUGCUGGAGCACUGUCUAGGCUAUCUGCACCACCACCUCAUGCGGCUGGCAAACAUCCUCACAGAGGCAUUUUCAAUAGGCGUCUGCUUGCAUCUGAUGGCUUUCCUCGGUACUACCUACAGGUUACCGGGCACGGGCGUGCUUUUGAACUGCGCGAGUCUCGUCUCUAGGCUCCGGAGGUGGCACUCGGAAACCCCCGUUUCCGCGCCGUAUGUGGAGGAACACCUCAACAUCUGGUUCAUCUUGCUGUUUGUCAUGGCCAAUGGUGGAGUGGUCGAGCCGGCCGUCACAGCUCAUUGGAAGGAGACAGGCGCGUCUGGAAUGCCGUGGCAAGAAGUCCGCGGCUAUUUGAGUAGAGUCAUGUGGACACAGUCAUUCCAUGACGACUUCGGGGAGAAGGCAUACGAAGCGAUAGCUGCAAGUUGCCUAACCCCCGGACGUGACACGAUAUUCCUGUCGUUCGAUGCCCAACAUGAUUUCGAGUCGUUUAUUGACCCUCGACUGAUUGGUUAG